AGAAACCACACAUUCAACAGGUAACUUCAGCUCCCACUGGGGACAAAAUGUGACGAGCCUAAAAAACUCUCAUCUCCAAGACUUUCUGAUUAUUGUUCUUGGACAAAUGAAACAAACAUUGAUUUUCUCAUUCCCGAAAUGGGGAUAAAUGGCUCAAAAUUUAACCACAAGGUGAGAAAGGUGACACCACUGGAAAAUAAAGAUGCUUUUGACUCGCCAGCUCAAAUCCCUGGAUAUAAUGGCUCAGACAGCUUGUCUUCUUAUGGAAGAGUGGAACAGAGCAACCUGAUAUGGGAACGACAACUUCCUCCAUUAAGAGAAACUCUUUAUGGACGAGGCUUAAUAGUUCCUAGUCCCCUUUCUUUUGACAUCCCUCUGGAAAAUGGAAAUACGACCAGUAUUAUAAAGAGGCACCCACCUCGAAGACUUCAAAAACUUGAGCCGGUGGUACUGCCAACUAUAAUCUCUGCCGAGCGUAUUAUCAGUAACCAAGGGCAAGCUAUUGGAAAGCAGGGGAUGGAAAGAAAAACACCGGCAGCCAAGAACGCAGCAACAAGGAGACAGCAUAUGCAUAAAAUGCAAAUGCAGGAAAUCAAUCGCAAACGAGAAGAGGCCGAACUAAAGAGGAACCUCCACAGAGAAGUGAAAAUCAAUAAACAGAAAAUGAGAGAAAACAAAGCUAAGCUAGCAAAAGCAAACACCCUGAGAUGUAAUGAAGAUGAAGAUUUCCCCAAUGUGGAACAUGAUUUCAAUGUGAAUUACGGGAACAUAUGGCACUGGAACACAUCCAGCCCUAGGGACACAAGGCCUUUUCCAAUGCAGACAAAAGGAAAACUAGAGAUGUGGUUUAAGGACUAUCAAAGUGGCAAAGAGACAUACAGUGACAGCUCGAGUACCGACUCACUAGACAGCUGGAUCCGAGAGGACAGAAGGGGUCACCAGCGGCCUGCAUUAAUAAGAACAAAGGCUGAAAAGAUUCCAACAUUUGAUGAGUUCUUUGAUCGGGAAUUCUAAGUUCAGCUACACUGGUUCAGGGCUUGCCCCAUAGGCACGAAUAUUUGCCUUAUCAGAGCUUGAGCUAUUAAAGAAAUAAAUUCUCAGCUUUCAAAAUAA